AAACUCGACAAUAUAUGUAGCUCUCCGAUAAAGUCGACGGUAUAUUAAGAAGGGAGCCACUAUUAAGACUAUACCUCCCUGUACACUAUUUUAACUUUCGACUUCAAGUAGGUGUUGCCGUUGUCUUGGAAGUUGUGACUUAUUAGUCAUGUAUACAAACGCAUUCUAUGGCAAGUGGUCCGUGUGUUACACCCCAUCCGGGGAAGAUGUAUCUAGUAACUUCCAUCCACCUUUAAGCGCAGCGUCGAACGAAGGACUAAGUGAAUUCUUAGCACAUACAUGUAUGUUUGUCUUCAUCAUCGAGAUUCAAAAUAAAAUAUAACUAGGUACUUAAACAUACCCACUUAGAAAAAGAACAAAAACAAAAAACAAAUGGUGAGAAUUCCUCAGAAGCAGUCACUCCUCAGAAUCCUGAGUAAUAGCCGACAUCAACUAUACCGCUCUUACCCGCCGUCACUAAGAGCCAUGUCAUCAGCGCCAAACACAAACCCUAGCGCCAGCGCAGACAAAGUGGCUACGACCACGCAGGCACAUCACGAAAGCGAGCACCAGCAGCAAGAGUCUUCCCCUCAGAAAAUGCCCCUGCCGCUCCCGGGGCCGGGUCAGGUCAGCGAUGCCACGCAGAUACCUGUAGGCGGUGAAGGCGUGAAACUAGAUCGCCUGGGCCCGCUGGUUGUUAACGAGGACGGCACGAUGAGCCGUAUUGCCAACUGGGCCGAAAUGGCCGAGAUCGAGCGGGAUAAUACGCUGCGGAUCUUGGGCAAGCGAAAUAAGAUGCGUCUAGAUGCGCUCAGAGCCAAAAAACAGUCUUCAGAGGGUCAAUCCGGGAAUGGAAGCUAAUAUACUCGAGGUGUAUGAACAUAACCUUUGGGAUAUCUAGGGCGUUUCAGGAUGGGGGCACAAAAUCGAAGU